CCAAGGAUAUAUCAUGGUAAUAGGAAUCGCAGAUAUUAAGGAGUAGGCUGUCUAUCCUCGUCCAUGGUGUCAAGUCCGUAGUUCAUUCUGAAAUUAAUUUUUCUUGACAAAUUUGUUAAAAUGGCUGCGGCUGUUAGGAAUCUAUCAAAAAUCACAGUGGGAGGUCGAAGCAGCUUACUCCGUGCCCAAGUAAGAUUCAACUAUACGGACACGAGGAAAAACCUGAAAAUAAACUCCAACACGAAAGUGAUAUGCCAGGGAUUCACGGGCAAACAAGGAACGUUUCAUUGUCAGCAAGCACUUGAUUAUGGGACCAAAAUUGUGGGUGGUGUCAAUCCCAAAAAACCUGGAACAGAGCACUUGGGCAAGCCUGUAUUUAAAACUGUCAAAGAGGCCAAAGAAGCUACAGGUGCAACAGCUUCGGUAAUUUACGUUCCACCACCUGGUGCAGCAGCAGCAGUUAUGGAAGCCUUGGAUGCAGAAAUGCCUCUAAUUGUCUGUAUCACUGAGGGUGUGCCACAGCACGACAUGGUAAAAGUAAAGCGGCGUCUUCUUGAACAGAACAAAUCUCGCCUCAUAGGACCGAACUGUCCGGGAAUCAUUGCUCCAGAACAGUGUAAAAUUGGAAUCAUGCCAGGACAUAUCCAUCAAAAAGGAAAGAUCGGUAUUGUCUCGAGAUCCGGGACUCUGACUUAUGAAGCUGUAAACCAGACGACACUGGCUGGGCUGGGGCAAACGCUGUGCGUUGGUAUCGGUGGAGAUCCCUUCAAUGGUACAGACUUCAUUGACUGUUUAGAAGUAUUCUUACAAGAUCCAGAAUGCGAAGGCAUAGUGAUGAUCGGAGAAAUCGGAGGUAGCGCUGAAGAGUUGGCUGCUGAAUACCUCAUGGAACAUAACACUGGUGGAAAGGCUAAGCCAGUUGUAUCUUUUAUUGCGGGAUUGACGGCUCCUCCUGGUCGUCGGAUGGGUCAUGCCGGUGCCAUUAUCUCAGGCGGUAAAGGUGGCGCUCAAGAUAAAAUUAACGCUCUUGAAAAGGCCGGAGUGAUUGUAACGAGAAGCCCCGCCCAAAUGGGUAAUGAACUGUUGAAGGAGAUGACUCGUCUUGGUCUUGUCUGUAACUAAACGGAAAAUGUCAUGUGUGUUAUACGUACCCAUCGUAGCCUCUGGUAUACAUGUGUCAUUUGGAAGUUACAUACUACAGACGAAAACUACACCGAGCUGUGGAUGGUACACAUUAGAUGAAAAAUUACUGUAGAAAUUAUGGAAAACAAAAGAAAGAGAGAAAAAAAACAGAUAAUAAUAAACUUUAUUAAUGAGUUU